AUGCUCAUCGUGGCGCAAGUCCUCGAUCAUUGGUGGCCACUGUGGCGAUCCGCCACUUUCGAAGUCGCGUUAGGCAAGCUACUGCACGCGUUUGUUCGGCCUCCUGGCAAACUGUCAACGUCGGCCGCACUGUCUGCAUUCGACCUUUGCAUACUCACCAGAAGCGGCGAUUCAGCCAGAAUCGGAAUCACAGUGGAGUGUCACGUAGGAGAAUUUUGGUCUUGCUGGACGUUGAGCCUCCAUCCUCCGAUCUUACCAGGUAUGAGCACAGAUAUCAUCACACUCCCAGACAACUCGAAGUCGACUCAAGGUCCAGCCGCGGUCGCUGCGAUGCAUGCAAUGCAGGCGGCAGCGGCGGCAGCUCACGCAGCGCAUGCGGCUCAUGCAGCCCAGCAAGAAUUGUCAGCUGAGAGGCAAACCAACGACAGAGGACACCCAGAUGAGGGCGGGAAUACCACAUCGCUGAGCAACAACGUUGUGACCUUGGACUCUAUGGACGGUCCGCAUCUUCCUCUCCUUCCUCACGCCACUCCCGACAAACCCUACGCCUGCGACAAAUGCGAUCAAACCUUCUCACGACAACAUAAUCUGAAGUCGCACUCAUUCGUUCACAGUCGCGAGCGUCCUUUCACCUGCGAUGUUUGCAGUCAGGCCUUCUCUCGCCAGCACGAUCUAAAGAGACAUCAGCGUCUUCAUGAUGGAGUAAAACCAUACAAAUGCCCCCAUUGUCAUCGCGAUUUCUCUCGCCUCGAUGCAUUGAACCGCCACAUGCGGGUAGAAGGAUCAUCAGCCCCUUGUUGUGGGCUGAACAGCUUUGGCCGGAUCUCGCGAUUGACGAGCAUGGGAACGCAGGUCAAGGCUAAGGAUGAUUCUUCAGCGGCCAGUGUCGGCUCGCCAUUUGCAGGGACAUUGACUGAUGCACCCGGAACACCUCCCACGCAGACUCACUAUCCAUACCCUCCUCCAUUUCUUACCGCAGCUCUACCUUUUGGAAUGUAUCCACCUCCGUCUAUGCCAGUCACAUCACCAGCGGCAACAUCCGCGGUCCGGAGCCCGACAGCGUCAACGCAUCACUUUCAUAUGUAUCAUAAGCCCGGAGAACCGGCUAUUAAUGUCUCUCGCAUAGGAGCAGAAAGGUCGGCAGAUUCGUCCUUGACCGCUUCUCCCACCGGAACUCCCACGUCGAGUUUAUCAAGCCUCCCCGUUCCACCACCAGUUAGCGUGGCAAAAGGAACGAUGGUGUCCGCCGGAGAUUUGAGCGCGCUGAUCGAUAGGAACGAGUACUUGGAAAAUAGAGUAAGAGAGCUUGAAGUGGAGGUGCAAGUGGAGCGUAAAUUUAGGGGACGUAGAGAAUGGUUAGAAACGAGGGUGAGGGAAUUGGAAAUUAUUGAAAAGGCCUUGCUGACGACAAUUAUGGAGUCGAAGGAUCCUAAUCUGCAAGCAGGUCUGAGCGGUUUGAGGAAGAAACCCGAUGAUCCAAAUAGGGAGGAAUCGCCAUGUGAUGUGAACGGGGUCCGAAUUGCGAAUAAAUGAUAUUGGCACUAUGUAAUUGUGCACAUGCAAGAUAGGCAUUUACAGUAGCGUCCUCUCUUUGGGCGGACUCGUUGCCAUGCAGGUGUUUAGUCUAGCUAGCUUAGAAGGAAAUAAUGCUUCCCAAAUUGCUAUCGUGGAUGGCAUCCGUUCAUCCUGUUAAAAAUAAUUUGAAGUGCUUUGGAUUGCCAACUUGAUGGCAG